CAAAAUCCAAACCAACCUGGAAUCAAAGCUUAAGAAAAGCUUGGGAUCCAAUCAUCCUCUUAUUCCUCUCACACAGCAUUCACAGCUGCUCCAACUUUUAGCUAUGGCUAUCGCCAUUGAUGAAAGCUAUGAGCUCCAAUUUUCCGGCUAUAGCGCAUCUACCACCACUACAACCAUUGAAACCAGUUCCACAGAAAACGAUUACGGUCUUGAUUGUAACUGGAACAAUUGGUCACCGGUAGUCGAUUGGGAGAAUUUAUCAGGUGACCACGACAAUGAUUUUCGAGAUCUAAUUCCUUAUAGCAUGAUCGACGAUGGAGGAUUUAUGAAUCAAGAAAGCCAAGCGACUUGCGACUCUGUGUCCACCGACACGAUGUUUGUAGACGAGGAGACCAACGGCGAUGAUACGAAGGGGCUGAGGCUGGUCCACCUGUUGACGGCCGCGGCGGAAGCGCUGACCGGAGUUAACAAGAGUCUUGAUCUCGCUCGCGUGAUAUUGAUUCGGCUCAAGGAGUUGGUUUCCCCAAAUGACGGAACCAACAUGGAGAGACUAGCGGCGUAUUUUACCGACGCCCUACAUGGUCUGCUAGAAGGCGCUGGGGGUUUACAUGAUAAGCCCUCCAUAUCCAAUCAGACGGACAUGCUUGCCGCGUUUCAGCUCCUCCAGGACAUGUCUCCAUGUGUCAAAUUUGGGCACUUCACUGCAAAUCAGGCUAUUCUAGAAGCCGUGGCCCACGAUAGACGGGUCCACAUAGUGGACUACGAUAUCAUGGAGGGGAUCCAGUGGGCCUCGCUGAUGCAAGCCUUGGUGUCCAGAAAGAACGGCCCACCAAGCCCACAUCUUAGAAUCACUGCUAUAUCAAGAGGAGCCAACGGCCGGAGAACAAUGGGUACCGUCCAAGAAACGGGUCGCCGAUUGAUCGCAUUUGCGGCGUCCAUUGGUCUACCAUUUUCGUUCCACCAAUGUAGGUUGGACUCCGACGAGACAUUUCGACCUUCGGCAUUGAAAUUAGUUAACGGAGAAGCUUUGAUAAUCAAUUGUAUGCUACACCUCCCUCAUUCUAAUUACCGGGCACCCGAUUCGAUUAUUUCAUUCCUAUCCGGAGCGAAGACGAUUAACCCGAGACUGGUGACUCUAGUUGAAGAGGUUAAGGGGUCAAUAGGGGAUGGGGGUUUUUUGGGCCGGUUCAUGGACUCGUUGCAUCAUUUCUCGGCCUUGUAUGAUUCUUUAGAGGCUGGAUUUCCGAUGCAGGCCCGAGCCAGAGCCCUUGUCGAAAGAGUAUUCAUAGGGCCCAGUAUAGCCAAGUCGUUGGCCCGGAUAUACCGGGCCGGUGGAGAGGAGGAAGGUUGUUGUUGGGGGGAGUGGUUGGGAAGUGUUGGGUUUAAUCCAGUAAACAUAAGCUUUGCAAAUCAUUGUCAAGCAAAGCUUUUGUUGGGGUUAUUCAACGAUGGAUACAAGGUGGAUGAGUUGGGUUGUAAUAAGCUUGUUUUAGGGUGGAAAUCCAGGCAGUUGCUCUCGGCUUCCAUUUGGACUGCCACUGGGCCUUAUCCUAUUCAUUGA